CUUAUAUAUAAGAGCCCAUGAAACGCUUACGAAUGUUCAGUCGUUUUAUUACAUCGAGAACGUAAAAGGCUACGCGAACGUUGUAAUUACAUCUCUGUGCAGCACUAAAAUGUUGAAGCAAAUUAUUUUAGGUGUUUUGCUGGUUGUAGUGAAGGCCGAGUACGAAUCUUAUCAUCCUCGAGGCUGGCGUCCGGCAGGACGACCUUUCGAGCCAGCUGGAAAUGAUCGUUUGCAAACUUAUGGGAGUCCGCCUUUGUCAGAGUCGUAUGGAACUCCGAUAAGGAACCCGGCUCACGAGCGCUUCCCAACGACAACCAUUGAAACUCCGAGAAAUACGGCAACUGUUGUUGAAACACCUGAAACGAGGACUACCACUCCGAGAAGCAGAGAACCAACCACGAGUCGCGAUCUCGAGGAUCAAGAUUACGACGCAAAUCCUGCCCUCGCUAUUGCCAAUUCAUUCGCUUUUAAUCGCCCCGUUUACGUGUACAAUUCAUUUCCUUUUCACGCUGGUCUCACGUUCGUCAAAUAAAUUCAUUAUUUUUUUAUUAAAAAAUGUAUAACGAUUAAAAAUUUCAAUAAAAGUGUUUUUU